CUGGCUGUACUCGUCCGGCUCGACGGGGCGGCCGAAGGGCGCGGUGCAUCGCCACCGGGACAUCGUCACACCUGCGUCCACUACGCUACCGACACGCUGGGCGUGGUGGAGGACGACGUCUGCUUCUCGGCGGCCAAGCUGUUCUUCGCCUACGGGCUGGGCAACGCCAUGACCUUCCCGCUGUGGGCCGGGGCGACGGCGGUGCUGAGCGGGCAGCGCCCCACGCCGGAGAUGACCUUCGAUAUCAUCGAGAAUCACCAGCCGACGCUGUUCUUCGGGGUGCCGACGCUGUAUGCGGCGCAGCUGCGGGCGCUGGACGAGACUCCGCGCGACCUGUCGUCGCUGCGCUGCUGCGUGUCGGCGGGGGAGGCGCUGCCCGCCGACAUUUUCCGCCGCUGGCAGGAGCGCACCGGCACGCUGAUCCUGGACGGGAUCGGGUCUACGGAGGCGCUGCACAUCUUUAUAUCCAACACGUCGGUCGACUACCGGCCGGGAACCAGCGGAAGGCCAGUGCCUGGCUACGAGGCACGCAUCGUGGACGAGGAGGGCGACGCGGUGGCAACGGGCGAGACCGGACGACUGUUAAUCCGCGGAGACUCGACGGCCACGCACUACUGGCACAAUCCUGAACGCACCGCCGAGACUAUGGUGGAAGACGGCUGGCUGAAUACGGGAGACACGUACUACGAGGACGCCCAAGGCUAUUAUGUGUAUUGCGGACGCAGCGACGACAUGCUGAAGGUGGGCGGCAUCUGGUGCUCGCCGGUGGAGAUCGAGGGGCGGCUCAUCGAGCAUCCGCGGCGUGCUGGAGGCGGCGGUGGUGGGGCGCGCCGAUGCCGACGAGCUGAUCAAGCCGGAGGCGUUCGUGGUGCUGAAAGAGGCAGGGACGCGUGCGACGACGCUGGCGCGAGACUGCUGUGCUCACUGCAAGAGCGCGCUGGCACGGUAUAA